GACAGUAGUUUAACGUAUUCCGGCGGCCGGUGUCGUAUAAUUUGCAGAAUCACCAUGGCGUUGAAGGAGACAGCGGGUCUGUAUGAGACACUGAAGGCGGAGUGGAACAAGAAAAACCCAAACCUGAACAAAUGUGGGGAGCUUCUCAGCAAACUGAAGAUCUCCCUGUUGGAGCUGAACUUUUUGCCAACCACCGGGACCACACUCACCAAACAGCAGCUGAUUUUAGCUCGUGAUGUUCUGGAAAUUGGAGCCUUGUGGAGCAUCCUGAAGAAAGACAUCCCCUCCUUUGAGAGAUAUAUGGCCCAACUCAAAUGUUACUACUUUGAUUACAAGGAUGAGCUGCCGGAAGCCGCCUACAUGCACCAGUUACUUGGGCUGAACCUGCUUUUCUUGCUCUCACAGAACCGUGUGUCUGAGUUUCACACAGAACUUGAGAGGCUCAGUGCACGAGACAUUCAGACCAACGUGUACAUCAGGCACCCGGUUUCCCUAGAGCAGUACUUGAUGGAGGGAAGCUACAACAAGGUAUUUCUUGCCAAAGGGAACAUCCCUGCUGAGAGCUACACCUUUUUCAUAGACAUUCUACUUGACACUAUUCGUGAUGAGAUCGCAGGCUGCAUAGAGAAGGCAUAUGAGCAGAUCCAGUUCAGUGAAGCCACCCGUGUGCUUUUCUUUAGUUCACCAAAGAAGAUGACAGAGUAUGCCAAGAAGCGGGGAUGGAGUCAGAGCCCAGAUGGUUAUUACUCUUUCACCAGUCAGCAGCAGCGGACAGAAGAGGUGACCAUCCCCUCCACAGAACUGGCACAACAGGUCAUCGAAUAUGCACGACAGCUGGAAAUGAUUGUGUAAUCCACCCCCAGGGACACACUCCAUCGUGUACAGACACACUCAGAAACACACAGCUGAUACAGUAUAUAUCCAGUCGGCUCCAGUGUGGUUUCCCUUGAGAAUAUAGAUUCAGUCAUUGCCACAUUGGCUCAUUUGUUGCCUGAACCUCAAAGUCAACUUUUUUUCCCCCAUUAAUUCUUAAAUUUUCCUCAUUAUCUGUAGCCUGUCUGUCAGUGUGCUUCAUUUUAAAAGAUGGAGUUUGUCAAGUCAACUUGAAGUGUCACUUAUGUUACUAGCCUGCUGAGUGACCUCCACAUAGAAAAGUAAAUUGGAAGAUUUAAGUGUUGGACUUAAUUAUCUUAUCCAAGUUGACCUCUGUCCAGUAUUCAUUAAGAUUAAGGUUUUUUAUGGGUGCUGUCCUGAUGAUGAAAACAAAAUCUUUCUGCAUCUGACACCCACAGGUCUCCACUCAUUAACAAGAUUUUGUUCAUUACAAUCACCAUACUGUGACUUUGUCUUUCA